CAAAUUACCUGUGCAGUGGAUUUGUGUACGUGUGUUUUCGUAGACUGCGACGUGGUGACCAGAGAUUACAUUUAGAUUAUCUCCCGUUUUAGAGAUAAUCCCUCCAGCUUAUCCAUUUAGAUGCAUUCCCCCGAUCAGAGCCGAGCUGUGCAGCUACUGCUGCUGUUUCUCGUCUAUGCGAGUGCUCAGCGAGUGGCGCCCGGUGUGAAUCCCCAGCAUUAUCAACAAGCACCUCCUCAGCAAGUUCAUCAACAACAUCCACCUCCUCCUCAAUACCAGCAACAGGGUCAUGUUGCUCCCGGAGUUCCACCACAACAAUAUCAAUAUGAACAGGUGCCCGUUCAACAGCAACAACAAUAUCAGCAGGUUCCUGUCCAACAGCAGGUUCCCAUCCAGCAGCAGCAGCAAGUUCCUGUCCAACAGCAGCAACAAGUGCAUCAGCAGCAGCAUGCUGCUGGACAUCAUCAUGGCCAGCCCCAACAGGUCUUGAAUACGGGCAACAUUCAGCAGGAGAGAGCUCAUAUCCAGGAACACAUGCAGGUUCCCAUCGAUACAAGCAAAAUGUCUGAGGCAGAACUUCAAUUCCAUUACUUUAAAAUGCACGAUUCCGAUAAUAACAAUAAAUUGGAUGGUUGUGAACUGAUCAAAUCUUUAAUCCAUUGGCAUGAGCAAGGCAGUAAAGAGCAGCCUAACGGCGAGAAGCCGCAUGUGGAGGAGAAAGUGUUCUCCGAUGAGGAAUUGGUGGCUCUAAUUGAUCCCAUUUUGCAAAUGGAUGAUACAUCUCGUGAUGGGUACAUCGAUUAUCCCGAAUUCAUCAAGGCUCAGCAAAAGGCAGCCGAAAAGCAGCAACAACAACAGCAUCAGGACCAGCAGCAGCAACAGCAACCUAUUCAUUAACACUUAGCUUGAUCAUAGUUACAUACAUACAUUCAAAGACACUCACACACACACACACACAUGUCCUUGUCUAAGUCCUAUUGACGAACACACACACAUACACACGCAGCCGUGACGUUCACAUACUCCUUUUUGUAUCCUGUCCAAAACAUUUUGAAAUUACUUCAAUCAAGUUUCCAAAUUAUCUCGUAAUCAAUCAGUUAUGCUGCAAGCAUUCCAAUUGGUUAAAGGCUUUCAUUGAACAAAUUGUAUAAUCCUUCCGUUCAAAUCAAAUUCGAAUAGUUCGCGCGAAUCUCUGUGCAAUUUGUUUUUAGUUAUUAUUAUUAUUUUUUUUUCUUGUUUUUGAUUAUUAUUUAACCUGAGAGCAGCAACAACUUCAUCAUAAAAAUCAACAAACUGACUGAUUGUGUAACGUUUGUUUUGUACAAAAAAAAAAGAAAGAAAAAAACCAACAAAAAAAUAUAUAUUUAAUGAAAGGAGUCAAAAAAAAAAAGAAAAUCAAAAACUGAACUUUUUUGAAAACUGAAGAAUUCACUUUAAAAGACGCAUGCAAUGACUUAGUAAUAACAAUAAAACGAAAAGAAAA